CAGAGAGAGAGAGAGGGAGAGAGAGAGGGAAUUAAAACACAGAAAUCCUCCCGGGAGAAGAGAGAGAGAGAGAGGGAGCAGCACCGUGAGCCACCCGGGGACCAACUGACAUUUAAACAGACAUUUCUCCAGGGGGGAUGGUGGUUCCGUACGAGGGCCAGUGUUUCUCCACCCUGAGGAGGCAGUGCCAGCAGAAUGGACGUCUGUUUGAAGACCCGCUGUUCCCAGCAUCCGACCAGUCUCUGUUCUACCAGAGAAACAGCAUCGGCACAGUCAUCUGGAAAAGGCCUAAGGAGAUAUCCAGCAACCCCCAUCUGUUUGUGGACGGCAUCAGUGCCCACGACCUGUGCCAAGGCCAGCUGGGAAACUGCUGGUUCGUCGCCGCCUGCUCCAGUCUGGCGUCCAUAGAGACACUAUGGCAGAAGGUGAUCCCUGACUGGAAGGACCAGGAGUGGAAUGACGAUAAACCGGAGUCCUACGCCGGGAUCUUCCACUUCCGGUUCUGGCGAUUCGGUGAGUGGGUGGACGUGGUGAUCGAUGACCGGCUGGCCACGGUGAACGGAAAGCUGGUGUACUGCCACUCCAACGACAGCAACGAGUUCUGGAGCGCGCUGGUGGAGAAGGCCUACGCCAAGAUGUCUGGAUGCUACGAGGCGCUUGAUGGGGGCAACACGGCCGACGCUCUCGUGGAUUUCACUGGCGGCGUGUCGGAGCCAAUGGACUUGAUGGAGAACGGGUUCAAAGAAGAUCAAGAGAAACGCAGCAAGCUGUUCGAAAGAGUCCUGAAAGUCCAUGACAGAGGAGGCCUCAUCAGCUGCUCGAUCCGGGCAGCCACUGCAGCGGACAUGGAGGCCAGGCUGGCCUGCGGCCUGGUGAAGGGCCAUGCCUACGCAGUGACGGACGUCCGCAGGGUGAGGCUCGGCCACGGCCUGCUGGCCUUCUUCAAGUCAGACAAGCUCACCAUGAUCCGCAUGAGAAACCCCUGGGGAGAGAGAGAGUGGAACGGGGCCUGGAGCGACAGCUCUGAAGAGUGGAAGAAGGUCAGUAAGAGUGAGAGGGAGAAGAUCGGCGUCACUGUGCAGGAUGAUGGAGAGUUCUGGAUGACGUUUGAUGACUUCAUCGCUAACUUCACAGACCUCAUCCUGUGUCGUCUCAUCAACACAUCCUACCUGAGUUUCCAUAAGAUCUGGGAGGAGGCCGUGAUGCGGGGCUCCUGGCGCCGCCACGACGACCCGCUUCUCAACCGAGCCGGGGGCUGCAGCAACAACAAGCAGACCUUCCUCCAGAACCCGCAGUUUGUGUUUGAUGUGAAGAAGCCGGAGGACGAGGUACUGAUCUGUCUGCAGCAGAAAGAUCGCAGAGCCACGCUGAGGGAGGGACGAGGAGAAAACCUGGCUAUUGGCUUUGACAUACACAGGGUGGAGUUAAACAGGACCUACCGUAUGCAUGUCACCCAGCAGAAGGUUGGUGGGAGCGUCUACAUCAACUCAAGGUCUGUGUUCAAACGCAUUGAACUGAAAGAGGGCCGGUAUGUCAUCAUACCCACGACCUUUGACCCCGCCCUCGAGGGAGAAUUCCUGCUCCGCACCUUCACCGAUGUGCCGUCUGACUGCAAGGAGCUGACUCUACAUGAGCCUCCACAGACCUGCUGGUCUGGGUUGUGUGGUUAUCCGUCUCUGGUCACUCAGGUCCACAUACUGGCGGCUAAUGGCCUCGCAGGACAAGACUCUAACGGAGUGUCAGACCCCUACGUGAUAAUUCGUUGCGAAGGACAGAAAGUUCGUUCUCCGGUCCAUAAAAACACACGCAGCCCUGACUUCGACACCAAGGGGCUCUUCUACAGGAAGAAAGCCAACCAGCCAAUCAGCAUCGAGCUCUACAACCACAACGUGUUGAUGGACUCCUUCCUGGGUCAGGUGACGCUGCCGGCCCAGCAAGGCGACUUCCAGCAGACGCUCCACCUGAGGGACAAGGGCGACCGCCGCGACAACGACCUGCCCGGAACCAUCACUGUUGUCAUGGUGACCAGCACGGUGCUCACCAACAUCUGAGACGCACCACGAAACCGUCCAGUCAGCUAAAAGUUUACCAAAUUAAGUUUACCC